AUGAAAGCCAUCCUCCAGCGGGUCAAAUCCGCCUCCGUCACUGUCGAUAAGCAACUGAUCUCGUCGAUUGGGCGAGGGAUCCUCGUUCUUGCGGCUGUAGGCAAGGAGGAUACGGAGAAGGAUGCUGACUCUCUCGCCGCAAAGAUCCUGAAAGCGAAAUUGUGGCCAGACGACGCCAAUGCAUCGUGGAAAAAGAACGUGCAGGAUAUCCAGGGUGAAGUCCUUUGCGUCUCCCAAUUUACUCUUUACGGCCAGAUAAAGAAAGGCAACAAGCCUGAUUUCCACAGUGCUGCUGAUGUGGAAACCGCACGCAAACUGUACGACUACUUCUACCGGCGAAUGGGCGAGCUGUACGCCCCGGAAAAGGUUAAGAAUGGCGUCUUUCAGGCCAUGAUGGAAGUCGAGCUGAACAAUGAUGGACCGGUCACUAUCGAGAUCAAUACGGACGCCCAAAAGUCACAGAACAAAUCUUCAGGGGAAGGGCAAGGGGAGAAGGGGCAAGACAAGAGCAAGCAGGAUGGCGAAGCGGGAGGACUUCUGUCGACAUGA